GGUCGUACGGAGUAGUCAUUGUGUGGUCGAGUGCUUCUCUGAUUUCUGUUGUGUGAAAAAUCAAACUUAUCUUAAGAAAAAGUUUCAAUUAUUUCGUUUACGUAAGAACAUUUAACCCGAGUGCCGGUACGGACAGAUCGUUUCUUCCGUGUAGUUAUUCCCGCGUCUCUCGUGAUCUUGUAAACAUCGUUGUAAUAUUCAUUUGUCUUUGUGUGGUGUGAAAGUGCUUAGUGAGCAAACGUCGUCACAAAUGGUGGUUCUGGAAGGUGGUGGAGGUAUGCUCACCACAGGAAGCAAUCAGUACCUCCAACCUGAUUACCUCUCGCCGCUGCCUACCACGCUGGACGCGAAGAAGUCGCCGCUGGCCCUGCUGGCGCAGACCUGCAGCCAGAUAGGCGCCGACUCGCCCAGCGCCAAGCCGCUCAUCCCGGCGCUGGAGAAGCCCAGCAAGAAGUCCGGCGGGGGCGGGGACGCCGCCUCCUCGCCGCCAGCGCACAAGGCGGACAAGGCGCCCGCGCCGCCGCCACGCGCCAGCCCCCCCGAGCCGCGGCUGGCCUUCAAGCCCUACGAGGCCAACGUGCUGACGAAGAAGUCGCCCGAGCCGCGGCCGCCGUCCAAGGCCAACUCGGCGCACAACGACGAGGACAAGAAGUCGUCGCCGCCGUCGCGCGCGUCCAGCCGCAAGUCGGCGUCGCCCCAGGCCACGACGCCGGCGCCCGCCGACAAGGCGCCGCCCGCCGCCGACAAGCCCGCCUCGCCCAUCGUGCGCUCGGGGCUCGAGGUGCUGCAGGGACACCCCAAGGACCUGCCGCUGGGCGCCUCGCCGUCCUACAAGCCCCUGGGGCUGGGCGCGCUCUGCUCGGGCUGUCCCCCGGGCCUGGACCCCGCCAACCCCGCCUUCCGGCCGCCCUUCGCCGGCGCCUUCUCGCACCACCACGCCGCCAUGCUGGCCGCCGCCGGCUACCCCACCGCCCCCGCCGCCACGCCCUACGUCAGCUACGCGCGCGUCAAGACGGCGUCCGGCGGCGAGGCGCUGGUGCCCGUGUGCAAGGACCCGUACUGCGCCGGCUGCCAGUUCAGCGUGCACCACCAGCAGCUGGCCGCCGCCUCCUGCCCCAGCGGCUGCACGCAGUGCGACCACCAGAAGUACGGCCUGGCCGCCGCGCUGUCGGGCCUCGUGCCGCCGCCGCUCGGCUACCCGCACCUCGCCCGCCCCUACGUCUGCAACUGGAUCGCCGGCGACUCGUACUGCGGCAAGCGCUUCGCCGCCUCCGACGAGCUGCUGCAGCACCUGCGCACGCACACCAGCCUCUCGGCGGACGCCGCCGCCGCUGCCGCCGCCGCCGCCGCCUCGCCCAUGUCGCUGCUGGCGCCGCACUCGUUCCUGCACCGCGCCUACCCCAACCCGCCGCUCAGCCCGCUGUCGGCGUCCAGGUACCACCCGUACUCCAAGCCCGGCCUGCCGGCGUCCCUGGCCGCGUCUCCCUUCAGCGCCUUCAACCCCACCGCGCUGGGGCCGUACUACUCGCCCUACUCGCUGUACGGCCAGCGCAUAGGCGCCGCGGUGCACCAGUAGGCCGCGCGCGCUUCCUUCAGGCCGUACCAACCUUCAAACUGUCAUCUGCAGUCUUACAAUUAUACUUAUUAGUUGCCCUGAAACUGUUCUUAAGUAAAUUAUAGUUCAUUAAAAUUUAUCAAUUAAUUUAUUAUUUUCAAAUCACAAUUCCGUUUUUAUGUGUGAAACAAUCUGGCAAUAUAGUUGUUAGUUAAAUUGAUUAUUUUGUAUUUUACUACUAAUUCAAAAAUGCCUGCAGAUCUGCCAAUUCGAACGCGGCUACGAACACGGCUAUGAUUGUUUCGGAACGCGUGUGUCACGGUCGGGAUAUUUUCUUUGAAAGUGUUCUUUCAUUCUUGUCCUUAAAUCCUUCGUACCAAACCAAGCCAGAAAUUAUAAUUCCUAAGACAUUUGUGCUUAUUUAAGAAACGCGUUCUUAGGCAAGAAAUCUUGUCAAUUACAUUGUUAGUAUUUUUUCUUGACUUUAACUGUCUGUUAUUCCAACGUUAUUGGUUGGCGUUUUGUAAUGCAUUAUUCAUUUGAAGUUUUCGAAAAAUUAUAUUUAAGUAUAUCCUUUUUUAGCAUUACUAAAACUUCAGCGUAUUUCCUGUUAUUUAAGCUUUCGAAGUAGAUUAUGCGUCUGUGUUACUUAUUUAUAUUUAGUAAGUUCCCAUUUUGGAUUGCUAAGUGAAUGAAUACAAGUCACAAGGCGCGUUGACAACGAAAGAGCUUGCUGGCUAGAGUUAACCAUUAUAUCUAUUUUGCGAGUAGUGCCCUGUCUAAAUAAUAUUGUGUGGACAGUCCGUAUCUAAACUCAUUAGUACAGAAUUUUUUUCAGUGAUGCAAAUUACAAGUAUAAUUUCCGUAUUUCGUUAGUCAAAAUGUGAUUAGAAAUACUGAAGAAAGUGUUGACUGAGGGAAGUUAUUAUUAGGCCACACUAUCUGUGAAGAAUGCGAUUUUCUUUUUAUUGUAAAUAGCUCUUAAUAUUUAAUAUUGUCCAAAAAGCGAAAUAAUGCUGUGAUAAUGAUUUACUCAGUACUGUAUCGUGUUUAAGAGUCAACUUCGCCACGUGAAGUACGUGCGCAUGAAUGUCCUUUGUAAUGGCGGAAAAGUAAAGGUUUUUUCUUUAAUGCUGAAAUGCAUCAAGUAAGUGUAUCAAAUAGCUCUUUCCAGUAGUAUUUCAAUUACAUUACUUAUUUAUCGAGGUGUUCGAGCUGUGUAAUUGUUAAUAUUAUAUUUUCCGAAUUCACUAUGUGUGUGUUGGUGCAAUACGUAGGUGUUCAUACUUUGUAAAAGAAUUUUCUUUUGGUGUUUCUAGCAAUACUAUUUGUGUUUCAAUAUCCAAAUAAUGUGAUGCUGAUAUUACUCAAAGUUUAUUCAUUCAUGACUUAUAAUACAACUGUCGGGUGUUCAAUGCUCUAAACAGAACUAUACUUACACAACAUUCAAAUUUAACAGUUUAUUUCGCUCUCUGUUCCUUUAAUCAGUUUUUCUUAAAGUGGUGAUUUAAUGUUUUUUUUUUUCCUUGUAAAAUAUCCUUUACACAUUAUGUGAGAGAGUGUUGUCAUAUCAUAUUCAAAAUGUAUAUAAUGUUGAGUUUCCAUAUUGCUUUAAUAAAAUGUUUGUAGUAAUGAUUUUUGUUAUUUUUUAUUACAUAGAACGUUUGUGUCACGGAAAUAAUUAUAUUGAGUUUCCAGUAUCAGUGAUUUAAACUAUAAAUAAAACAAAAAUAUU